AUGGAUGGAUCUGGUAACAAUAUAGUACAUCCUACUUGGGGGGCCGCCAAUAGUCCAUACAGACGAGCUCCACCACCAAAUUAUGCAGAUACGUCUUCGACACCUAAUGGAGUAGGUCUACCCGCACCGCGAACGAUAUCGAAUAAUCUUAUUUCCAGAGGAGAUUCACAUACGAAUUAUGAUCUGUCGGGUGCUUCAGAGUUUAUGCCUGCGUGGGGGGUCUUGCUACACCUAGAUAUCACACUUGCAUGUCGAAACUCGUCAGAUCCACUACCGAUUCCGGUCCCGACUGGAGAUCCACAAUUUGAUCCAUUCAGUGUGGGCAAUAUGACAAUGCCGUUUUCGCGGACUUGUCGUUCAUAUACUGAUCCAGUUACUGGAGAACGAACGAUGCCAAAUACUUUUUCAUCGUAUAUUGAUGGAAGUGGAUUGUAUAGCAAUGACCCGAGUAUUAGUACGGCCCUAAGGAGUUUUGUUGGGGGGAAACUGAAUUCAGUUGUUGACCCUGUCGCUGGUGAAUUGCCACUCUACAACUCUGGGACAAACCAUUUCCUUUGGGGAUCUGAUAUCAUCAACAUAUUGCCACAAUUGAAUAUUCUGUACAUCUUGUUGUUGAGAGAACAUAAUCGACAAGCUACUCUCUUGGCAGCUGCCAAUCCAACAUGGACGGAUGCUCAGUUAUUCAAUAGAGCUAGAAGAUGGGUUAUUGCACUUAUACAGCGGUUCACCCUCUAUGUCUACGUGCCUCAGCUCACUGGUCUUCAAGUUCCUUACUACGCUGGAUAUAAUUCAUCAGUCGAUGCAGGGACAGAGCUGUUUUUCGCAAAUGUCGCAUUUCGAUAUGGUCAUUCCGCAGUCAACUCGGCACUAUUUCGUGUAGAUGACUAUGGGGAGCCGACCGUACAAGGACACAUGCUCGUUCGAGACUUUAUUUUCAACCCUGUCGAAAUUCGAUCCUACGGCAUUGAUGCCCUUCUUCGAGGUCUCACAAUCCAGCGUAAACAGGAAGUAGACAUCAAGUUCGUAGACGACAUUCGCUGUUUCAUGAACUUGAAUGCACCAUACGGAUUCGAUUUGGCCUCUGUUGGAAUUCAAAGAGCCCGUGAAUUAGGAUUACCAUAUUACAAUGCCGCACGAGCUACGUACGGAUUGAGUAGCAUCACGUCUUGGUCACAGUUGACGAAUGAUACCACUCUACUUGCUUCUUUGGCAUCACUUUAUCCUGCUGGUCCGGCCACAGCUGAUGCAUAUGUUGGAGCAUUCUUGGAACCACAUGUUGGAAGUUCUCUGGUCGGGCCACUUAUGACUGCUUCUAUACGAGAACAGUUUUUGAGAUAUAGGGAUGGUGAUCGAUGGUGGUAUGAAAAUCCAGGUGUCUUGACAGAUGAAGAGCUAUCUGCAGUACAAAAUAUGACACUGGGCAAACUCAUUAAGCUCAACACCAAUAUUACCUGGUUUCCUGACAACCCAUUUGUCGCCUUAACGCUACCAGUAGUCUUUUCAGCAUCAGCUGCCACUACCGAAACCAACGUCGUGACUUCAAAGUCGUUACGUAUAAGUGAUACAUAUCUAGUGUCUUGGACGUUAGAUAGUACCGCUUCCACCGUUACAUUCAGUAUGGAAACCAACAACACUGGCUGGGUUGGUCUGGGCUUUGGCGCAGACAUGGUUGGCGCAGACAUGUAUAUCGUCACUCCGUACUGGAAUUCUACGUGGAAUGUCUAUGAUUGCUAUGCUAGCACAAAUAAUCGACCUAGCCGAGACAUUGAUGUUGGAGGCACCAAUUCAAUCUAUAACGUCAUUGAUCUAGUGAGCACUUCAGCAACAACAUCACUCCAUGGAUUCAGCUUUACACGGCAAUUGCAGACUUCGGACUCAUAUUACGAUACCGUUAUUACCAAUGCCAACUUGUCCAUGAUAUUUGCUUGGUCGGAUGAUCCAGCAUUCAAUUAUCAUGGUGCGAACAAUCGACUACACGCCUCAGUCAACUUGUAUUCAGCAGUCAAUCCAGGUGUAACAAGUGCAAACCUAGCCAGUCUCAAAUACAUGCAUGGAGUAGUCAUGUUUUGUAGUUUUGCCUUUAUUUAUCCACUGGGCAUUUUUGUGGCACGAUAUUCCCAAGACUUGGGUCGAUGGCUGGAUAUUCAUCGAGCUCUAAUGAUGACUGUCACUUCUAACGUCCUCGUCGUGGCGCUUACGGCUCUAGUUGGAUCAUAUGGUGAUAUGGGAUUCACUCACUCGAAAGUGGGUUCGACAGAAAUCGCAUUGAUCGCCACAAUAAGCAUUACUGGAUACCUGUGUUCUACUUGGGCUGUCGGAUGGGCUGUAACAUAUUCCCAUCAAAUACGUCUUAUCCAUCGAUAUGGUGGAUACCUUGCUUAUGUAAUGGGACUGGCCAAUGGAUAUUUGGGAAUCUGUGAUUUGACUAGUGGCGCCCCAUCCUCACUAUAUCUUCCCAAACUUUACCUUGUCGCCGUAACGAUAACACCACUGUCUCUGGUUGUGUAUGGUGAAUGGAAGAAUCGUCGAGCGUCCAAGGAUCGCAGAAAGGGAAGACACUCGACAGCUAUUGCAGGACAAGACUCUCUACCACGUUUCUCGUGGCUGGAUGUAAAUGAUCGAGUUGCUAAUGGUGCUAAAUGGAUUGUUAUUGACGAUGUGAUUUGUAAGUGUUUCAAGCAUAACUUGAUUACAAGCUCAUCACCUACAUUCGCAUCAUUUCUUCAAAGACACCCUGAUGAAUUUGUCGUCACAAAGCCAACACUUACAAUUUUGCAACGGUUUUUAGAUGAUGCAGCAGGGUACUUGGAUCGGCAUCCUGGUGGGGCUAGAUUUAUUCUGAAUGUUGUUGGAAUGGAUGCCACCAAGUACUUUCACGGAGACUAUUUCAGUGAUGCAAAAACUGUUGGUUCCAAGUCUCGUGCGAAAGGACCUCGACAUUUGUCUCUAACAAGAUCAGGACGAACCGAUGACGAUGGAAUGGGAUACCACUAUCAUUCUCGUUUAGCACGAUUCACGCUGUCGUCGCUUGCGGUAGGGCGACUAACUGUCGCGGAUGAUAUAAAUCGAUCCGAAGACAUGUUGGUUGGAUCUACCAUUGACUUGCUGGGCCCUAGUCAAAACGACUCUGGAAAGGAUGCCAAAAGCCAUUUACAACAUAGCAGCAUGAAUCUGUUUCGACAAGCGCCUCUGAGACCCGAUCGAUUCAAACCCUUUACCAUUAGUAGUCGAAUUACUUCCACGUCUGAAGGAUCUGUUAAACCAGUUCGCAAAAUCACAAUGGAAUUCGGAUCUACGUCAGAUGUUGUCAAAUGUCACCCCGGAGACUCUAUUCUGCUUCAGUUCGUUGAUAAAGAUGGUCGGCCAGUGACUCGAGAGUAUACACCCAUUAAAGUGGAGAAUCGUGCAUCGAUAUCGUUUUAUAUCAAAAUGUAUGACGGACAAAUGACUUCGUAUCUUGGCAAUCCACAGAAUACCUCUAUUCGAAUGAGAGGUCCCGUACCGAAUCGAGCAACGCUGAUGAACCCUCGAAACGCAAACGGAUGUUGGGACGUGCUAGGAUUGAUUGCAGGUGGAUCUGGACUUUCACGGAUGCUGUUAAUAUUGGAUCAUCAUCUGAAGAAUGGAGCUCGGGACAAGGAAACCAACAGGCUCACCACACGAAUCCACUUGCUCAACAUCAAUCAUUCCGACAAGGACAUUUUCGCACAUGAAGAAUUGGAGUACUAUGAAUCUGAAUUUCAGGGUGCUUUGACUAUAACGAAUUUGGUGUACAAUGCACCGCCAGACUUUGUGGGUCUUUCUGGACACGUUGACGCCGAAAUCAUUGCAGAAACCAUGCCACGCAUUCCUGAGAGCAAGCAGGGCAAGACAGCAUCAUCUGUACAUACAACGAUCAAUAGAAGUGGAUGGAGAAACGAAAGUAGAACAACUGGUAUUAAUGUAGACAGUGGUACCCUACGACAACGGUUGCAGAAAAAGUCACUGACUGGAUCAGGACCUCGAAAUAGUAGUAGUGUAGAAAUACUCAAGAGUAGCUCUAUGGGAGCAGACGAGUCACUUCGGAGAUCUUCAUCCGAUGUAGCGGCUGACUCUGAGGGGCUCAUGUUGACGGUUACGGAAGAGGAGCAGAGCAAUUUGGAUUUGGGACCUAUUUCCAGACCGGCAUUGAAACAAGCUGUAGAAUUGCCGUCAGAAUCCAAUGAUACUAUCAUAGUGGUCUGCGGACCGACAGUCAUGAAUAUCCAAGUACUAGAUUUGCUGUCAUCAGCAGGAUACCCACGAGGCUGCAUUGUCUCGCUUUGA